GUCUUCCCUUUCAUCAUUUAAGACAUCUGGUUUCAACAUCAACAAGUACUGUCUGGACAUUAACACUGGCACCUCCCACCUUACCAAUGGCAAUACCUUUGUACUUACUUCAAUAAACAUCUUCACUACUUCAACUUUAGUCGCGAUACUUCGCUCAAAAAAUACGUGAAAAUGCCACCAGAACCACCAGAACCACCAAUACCCAUCCGUGACCCCAACAUCAUUUCUACCCACCCACUCUCAACUCUAACCUCUUCUAAUGUCUUCAAAUGGACACCACCCGAGAUCCAAAUCUUCGACUUUUUCAUCAGACAAUAUGAUUCUACAUCUCAAGAACAGCCACUUCACGAAAUUCUUCUUCGUCAACUUGGUUUCUCCAUUUAUCAUGGGAUGUUGACUGAAAAAGGUGAAGAUGUUAUGGAAAUUGUGGCUACGAAAGUCAAAAGUAAGAUUAAUCAUCUUAAAGAAAAGAUGAAGUUUGAGAAGGGGGUCGGGGAAGGGGGGGGACUUAGAAGGUCUGAUAGGUUGGGAGGAGGUGGAAAGGGAAAUGGAGACAGUGUCAAGACUGAUUCUAAAGCGCAAUCACAGCCACCAUCGUCCUUACCAAGUAUUCAUUUCCAUAUCAACAACCAGUCCGGAUCUGCUUCUCCGUCUAUUUCUUCACAUACUCACCAUUCAACAAAUUCUUCGUCCACUCACCGCCCAAGAUCUUUACCACCUCCCAUCUCACCGUCUCAUUCUCCAACAAAAGAGUCCACGUCCCAGUCGAAAUCCAAAUCGAACCACGACCGCAUUUCCAGAAACUCAGAGGGUAAACGCGGCUCAAGGCCAAAAUCCGAACCUUUGGUUUCCUCCUGCCCAACAAAAGAAAAAGGUUACUUUCAAAAAUUUGGUGAAGUUUUGGGGUUAGAUCUUACGAGUCCUGACAGUAGUAGAAGUGAGAGUUACACUAAUACUAGCACUGGAAGUGAGUUUGAGACUGGAACUUCUCAAAGAUCAGGUGAGGAUAGAGACGGAAGUGUGAUUUCGAGUAGAAGUGCAUUAUCGAAGGGGAAUUUGAGGAGACAUGAGAGGGAGAUAAGGAAGGAAAAGGAGAGAAAGGAAAAGGAGAGAAAGCAAAAGGAGAGGAAGGAGAAGGAGAGGAAGAAGGAGAAAGAGAAGGAGAGGGAGAGGGAAGAGGAGAGGGAGAGGGAGGAGGAGAUAGACGCAGAAAAGAUUGCGGAAUUAAUAGAGAACAGUCAACGGGUUUUGCAACAGGGAAGAAAUCGAGAGAAGGAAGCGGAGAAGGAGAGGGCUAUGGGAAAGAGAGCUCGUGAUCUUGGUUUUAAAGUUCGAGUACAGAAAGCGCUACAAGUGGUAGAGAGGGAGAGAGAAAAUCGUUCAAUCGCUGUUGGAAUUCGAGCGCAAGAGCAGAAUCACCAACAAAUGGAUGGGACUCGGAAUGAACUAUCCCAGGGAACUCGAGAUCAGCAAUCCCAUCAGACACGAGGUCAGGACUUACAAGAAAUAACUCAACCUCAACUACGAGUGAGCCAAACUCGGAAUCAAAAAUCCCAGGAUAUCCAAAGUCGGGGAUUCCCGGAGGAAACUCAGCAAAAAUGGAAUCAGCUUCGAAGUAGACUGGGGGAGGCGCUGAAGAGAAAUAAUACACAAAGCAUACCCAAUAAUCAUCAACCCAAAGAUGAGCAGUCUCAUCAAAGUCGGGGUCAAGAAUUCCAGGAGACUCAAGGUCGAGCAUUGCAAGAAACAAUGCAACCAAAGACACAAGACCAACGAAUAAAUCAGGGACAAGAGUAUCAGACAACAAUCUCCCAAGCAAUCCCAAGAUCAAGAGUUGAAAAACAAGGACGUUUCCACAAUCAAUCACAACAUCCAGGGUUACAAUCUCAAUCUGAAAUUCAACAUCAAUACCAAAACUACAAGCCGCCUACGGUGGAAGACGGUUGGGUAGCUUCGGAUGUAGGGAAUUCAGACAAAGAUAUCACACCCAGAACUACACCAACACAACCUCAUUUUACCCAUCAACAACAACAACAUCAGCAUCCUAGCCUUAAAAUUCACCACACUAAUCCGAUUCACCAAGCACAACAACAACAAAAACUCAAUCCCCUUCAAAUCCAAGAAGUGAAUGAUCUCAUUAGUCAGAGGAUGAAAGACAUCACUUUCGAGAAUUAUGAGAUAGUUAGAAAAUGGUGGAGGCUGGUUGAUGACGGUCUUUGGGAGGGGUUUGAAAGGCAAUUGAAGAGUUUGGAUUUGGAGAGAAGGCAGGGGGGGGAGGUAAAAGUUAGUGGGGAGGAAGAAGAGGAUUACACAUUCUGAUGGGAUAAGGGUAAGUAGGUAUUUAAGUUAGAAGGUUUGGGGUUGAAAUGGGAUGGGAUAGGGCUUCAUAGGAUGGAACGAUAUGAAAUAGAUGAUUUGUAUUUUCUUUCAUUUCUUUGUUUCCUUCAUUAGUUUUCUUCCAUCAUUUUUUCAUAGUAAUGCAAUCCAAAAUUUUGCCUUUCAUGUAUAUGUAUGUUUUUUUUUUCUUCGCCUAUUCUUCGUUGAUUGGCUAAGGUGGCAUGGUUAUACAGUGUCGUUUAAUUCGAAGAGCUUUAGCAAGUUAUUCUAAUGAAGACCGCUGCAUGUGUAUGUUUCAGAGACUUUAUCUACAUAUUUGAAAGGAAUGAAGAACA